UAUCAAGCAAUUAAACUAUCCAACUAAUAAACAAAAUAUUAACGUAUAUUCAAAAAUAUGCUAGUCAAAAUAAGUUAUUUAAAUUUGCAGUAACUUUUAUAAGGGCUUCUGUUUGUGAGCCACCACGUUGCUAGGCGCUUUUUGUUUUUGUUCUUCUGGAGAGCAGCGCAAGUCAAACUUUCGGAAGUUUGUUCUACAUUUAUUAUGUAACCGUAUUUCUUUUCAGAGACCAUUUUUUGAUUACAAUUACUUGUAUUAGUUUUAAAGUCAACAUUAUUCACGGCAGUAUGAAUCGAUAAGUAGAUGUUGUUUCGCAGUUGCCGUAAGGAUCAAAUGAUAAAGUCCAUCUAAUAAAAACCGUGCACUAGCUUAGCCUAGUUUGUCCGUUUCGCCUAAGUCUGUCUUGCUUUCCUUAUACUAUUCAGUUGCUAAAUAAGCCAUGAGGAGAAAACUGCCUAAAUGAUAUGCUUACGUGCGUUCACUGUGUAGUGAGUUUUUACUAGCUUAGCUGAAAAGUCACUGGACUCUUCCUCUGGGUCAAGCCUUCAUCGCUGAUGAUGGAUCAGUAUCAUAUUUUGGAGGUUAUUGGGGAAGGGUCAUUCGGUCGAGUGUACAAAGGCCGCAGGAAGUUUAGCGGCCAGGUCGUGGCUCUGAAGUUCAUUCCCAAAGUUGGCCGCUCAGAGAAGGACCUGCGCAGUUUGAAAAGAGAGAUUGACAUCAUGAGGGGGCUUAAGCAUCCCAACAUAGUGCUGCUUUUAGACAGCUUUGAGACAGAGAGGGAGGUGGUGGUGGUGACAGAGUAUGCAGAGGGUGAGCUGUUUCAAAUCCUGGAGGAUGAUGGGAGUUUACCUGAAAAUCAGGUGUGUGAAAUAGCCUGCCAGCUUGUUUCUGCCCUGUAUUAUCUGCACUCCCAUCGCAUUUUGCACCGUGACAUGAAACCACAAAACAUCCUGCUGGGAAAAGGAGGAGUAGUAAAGCUCUGUGACUUUGGAUUUGCUCGUGCCAUGAGUGUGUCCACCUUAGUGUUGACCUCUAUUAAGGGGACGCCUCUCUACAUGUCUCCAGAGUUAGUGGAAGAGAAACCUUAUGACCACUCAGCUGACCUUUGGUCUCUGGGCUGCAUCCUCUAUGAGCUCCACACGGGGGCGCCUCCGUUCUACACCAACUCCAUCUUUCAGCUGGUGCAGCUUAUAGUGAGAGAUCCAGUCAAAUGGCCAGAAAACAUGAGUCAAGACUGCUUGAGUUUUCUGAAGGGGUUGUUGAUGAAAGACCCAGAGAAGAGGCUGUCAUGGCCUGACCUGCUUCAUCACCCUUUUGUUGCAGAUGGAGUUUUAAUGGUGUCAGAUGAGGGUUCGAGCAACCCCCUCACAGUCCCACCCAGCCCAGACCUACAGGCCCUGAAACACCAGCAGGCUGCAGAGAAGACAACGGCACGCAGUGGAGAGGGCAAACUACUGCGUAAAGCUAGAGAGCUUCGAGAGAUCGAGAAGACUAACAAACGGGAGAUUGUGAGUGGAAGCGCAGCCCGCGCCAGUCAGACACGCUGUAAGACAGCUUCUGCUGGAGGAGCCCCCACCACUGGCCACUCAUUGGGCAACACCUUUUCAGUGUAUCAAAAUUCAUCUCAGCCAGGAACCAAUCAGCAUCAAGCAAAUGACAACAGUGUUACCAGGGUGCGCUCAGCUCCACAUAAAGGCCAAAUCAGUAGAGACUACGAGAGGGAGUUCCCUUCUGUAGAGGUGGGACCCCGGCAACUUUUGAAGCAUCCUGGACAUGCGCGGACUAGUCUGGCUUCUGUCAGGAUGGACAGUGAGGUUGUUAUUUUAAUCAUUUAA